ACGAUUUUCCGCGCCAGUGAGCUUUGCCGGUUCCAGAACCGCGGAGAGAAGACGCAGUCCUCACUUUGCGACAAGAGGAGUGUUUUGCACUCUCUCGCGACAUACCCUGACCUUUAGUCCAAUCAUCCAUCCAUACCACCUCACAUCUCCAGAGCCGAACACAACCACAAUACCCUCCAUCCGCCAUGGACGACCUCCAGUCGCUGGAGCUCUUUUCGCUCGUGUCGCGGAUCACGAGCGAAAUCCAGAACCAUCUCGGCGUCAACGACAAAACAUUGGCGGAAUUCGUCAUCGACCAGCACCUAAAAUGCGGCUCAUUUGCGGAUUUCAGCAAGAGCAUGGAGGAGAUGGGCGCGGAGUUCCCUCGGAGUUUGCUGGAGAGUAUUGAUCGUCUGGUGCUCACAAUGCAUCCGAAGUAUAAGUCGAAGAAGACGGAAACGACGAAUACCUCGGCCGGUGAUGAUGAUAUGGAUGUUCUGGAUGCUUUAGAGAAGAAAGCGCGUGUGUUCAAGGGAUUGGCCGUGCCGGAUAAGGUUCAGCAGUGGGAUGAGGAGGAUGUCGAGGAGGGCGAUGCGAAGGCUGAUGCUAUGGAUGAUACGUUUGCUAUGCUGGAGGGAUUGGCGGGUAAAGCACGUCAGGAGAAACCUGCCCCGGCGCUACAGUCAUCGUCAAGAAAUGACCGCGGUAGUACUAGGAAGCGCAGCAGAAGCCCCGAUUACGAUGAUCACCGACGUGGACGCAGACGUCAUGAUAGGUACCGGUCUCGGUCGCGAUCGCACAGUCCUCGAUAUAGCAGGAAGGGUGGUGAUGAUGAGGUGGAUGAAUUUGGCCGGUCAAAGAGUAAAUACAGCAGCAGGGAUGAUUAUCGCAAUGGACACAGUGAGCGGAAGAGUCGUCGGGACCGCGAUGAGGAUGGCGAGUAUUUCCGGAAACCGCCGCCUGUGGAGUUGGAUGAUCAGCCGGUGCUAUACAAGGUCUACGAUGGUCGUGUCACGGGAGUGAAGGACUUU